UUUAAAGGUGUGCACCACCACUGUCGUGGUGAGGAUCCUGUCAUUUCAGCACGUGAAUUGCUGAGGCAGUAGGAUCAUGAGUUUGAGACCAACCUGUACUGCUUAAGUGCUGUCUCAAAGAAUAAAGGAAAAAGAGGAGAUGAGGGAAAAUAGGUCAGUUUUACCAAAUGUCUUGGUUUGCUGUUCAGAGCCAUCCUCAGUCCUGACCCUGUGUCUGUGCCCUCACGUCCCUUUCGAACAGAGCUUACAGAUCACUUUCUGCCUCACAUGUAGAGACCUAAUGACUUGGCAUGGAGUGUCAGUCUUGUGUGCAGUUGUCUGAUGCUCACUGCUCUUUGGGGAUAGUACUUCUAUUUCGUUUCUCCUAUAGCUCUGCUGGCCAGUUAAGGGUCUGACUGUGUAGCCCUGGCUGUCCUGGAUCACUGUGUGGAUCUGCCUGCCUCUGCCUCCUGAGUCUGGGAUUAAAGGUGUGCACCACCAUGCUCAACCUGGAUGACUUCCCUGAUUGUUGACGUCUUCUCUGACUGGAUCUUGCUUGCCCUCCAGGAUGCUGCAGACCUUGUAUGACCACUUCUGGUGGGACCGACUAUGGCUGCCUGUGAACUUAACCUGGGCUGAUCUAGAAGACAGAGAUGGACGUGUCUAUGCCAAAGCCUCAGACCUCUACAUCACACUUCCCCUGGCCUUGGUCUUUCUUGUCAUUCGAUACUUCUUUGAGCUGGGUUAGGAGUGCUCCAAGGGAGCCAGACACCUCUCUCUCAUGUCCCUUCCCCAGUUAUGUGGCUACACCCCUGGCUGCCCUCCUGAAUGUUAAGGAGAAAACCCGACUACGAGCACCUCCCAAUGUCACCUUAGAACAUUUCUACCUGACCAACGGCAAGCAGCCCAAGCAGGUGGAGGUUGAGCUUUUGUCUCGGCAGAGUGGGCUCUCUGGCCGCCAGAUAGAACGCUGGUUCCGCCGCCGCCGCAACCAGGACAGGCCCAGCCUUCUCAAGAAGUUCCGAGAAGCCAGUUGGAGAUUCACAUUUUACCUGAUUGCCUUUGUUGCGGGCAUGGCUGUCAUUGUGGAUAAACCCUGGUUCUAUGACUUGAGGAAAGUUUGGGAGGGCUAUCCCAUACAGAGCAUCGUCCCUUCUCAGUAUUGGUACUACAUGAUUGAACUCUCCUUCUACUGGUCCCUGCUCUUCAGCAUUGCUUCUGAUGUCAAGCGAAAGGAUUUUAAGGAACAGAUCAUCCACCACGUGGCCACCAUCAUUCUCCUCAGCUUCUCCUGGUUUGCCAAUUAUGUCCGAGCAGGGACUCUCAUCAUGGCUCUGCAUGACUCUUCUGACUACCUGCUGGAGUCCGCCAAGAUGUUUAACUACGCGGGAUGGAAAAACACCUGCAAUAACAUCUUCAUUGUCUUCGCCAUCGUUUUCAUCAUUACUCGACUGGUUAUCAUGCCUUUCUGGAUCCUACACUGCACGCUGGUAUACCCACUGGAGCUCUACCCUGCCUUCUUUGGCUAUUACUUCUUCAACAUCAUGAUGGCAGUGCUACAGAUGCUGCAUAUCUUCUGGGCCUACUUCAUUUUGCGCAUGGCCCACAAGUUCAUAACUGGAAAGCUGGUAGAAGAUGAACGCAGUGACCGAGAAGAAACAGAGAGCUCAGAGGGGGAGGAGGCUGCAGCUGGGGCAGGAGCAAAGAGUCGGCUCCUAUCUAAUGGCCACCCCAUCCUCAAUAACAAUCAUCCUAAGAAUGACUGAACCAUUGUCCUAGCUGCCUCCCACAUUAAUACACGAAGCCAAGAAACUAGCCAACCUUCCCUUUAUAGGGACAUUUGAGCACUGGGGAGAAAGGAUAUAAGGAAAAGAGUCUACAUUAACUCUCCUUUUGUCACCCAGUUGCCUUUAAACCAAACUCUAACCAGCCUAUCCUCAGGUAAGAGAAGGUUGGUUAUAUCUUCUAGAGAGGGGAUGGUCUUAUUUCCCUCUCUAUCUUCCAAGCUACUCUUUCUCAGUUCUGAGUUACAACUCUGAGUUAUAACUCACAUUCCUUAUUCUUAAGAAUUCUGAGCUAGCUGUUUGCCUUUGACUCCCUGACUUCAAGCCAGGGUUGUGCCUUACUGUCCCAUCUCUGGGCCUCACUCUGCCAAAGCUGGACCAAGGUUCCACCUUUCUAAGCUCCCUAGCUCAGGCCAAAAAUGAAAGCUGAGCUACUUUUAACUUUUUCUCCUCCUUAAGAAACAAAUUAAGUGAAGGAGGGUAUACAGGCUCCUCACCCUACCCCGGGGACCAUGGUUCCAGGAUCUCACUGCCUCCUUUCUCUGGCCUUUCUUUCCUUUCCCUUCAGCUGAGACAAGCUGGAGUGGAGUAGAACGGCAACUAGUUGUUAUUUAUUGAACAUUUGGGGUUUCAGUUAUAAAGCCAGAACUACAGCUAGGACCUGGCAUUUCCGCAAGGGACCAUUUCAGACCAAAAUGUACUGUUAAUGGUUUUUUUUUUUUUUUUUAAUUAAAGUAUAUUAAAGGUUAA